AUGUUUAUUUUCGACCGCCAAGUUGGAGUCUGCUUGCUGAUAGCCACGCUUCCAGGCCAGACUGCGUCUGCUGAUGUCUCCAUUCUCAUCGAAACAUUUCUUGACUAUCUACUCGCCACGAUGCGACUGAUUUUACCGGAACCCCUUUACAUGAACAAAUCACCCGAGGGCAUGCUUAACUUGCGGAACGCAAGCAUCCACGGCCUGAGUUAUGCCCGUCGCAAUUGUCCGAUUGACCUGAAUGUCUUCUCCACCGACGACAGCCACCACAUCAGCGGGAACUUCUGCCUCACCUUCGAGGACCACUUCAACAUUAGUGCCCUCAUCCAAAUCACUUCGCUGCUCUACGAUUCGGAUUUUGAGCCUGCGGUGGUGCAUUUUCAUGACCUCAAUGUCCGCGUCAAUCUCACUCUGAAAAUCCCCAAGAAGUACAACGCAGUCGGUGCUCUGGUGGACCUUCAGGGGAAACCGAUUAUUGAAAUGCGCGGAUUCAAUCUGACGGCUGUCAACGGCGACAACGACGACGAGGUGUCUGAUGGCUUCUCCAUCUUGUCGACACUCGGCAGCGUCAUGUCGAUGGGUCCGCUUGGUGGCUACAUUGAGUUUAGAAUGGCGAACAGCGUUCAAAAAGCAAUAAAGAUAUUAAACGCCAAGUUACAGGACAAAAUCGAUGACGUCGUUAACCGCGGAUGA